AUGCUUUAUACGGACGGAACCGCCCCCCAAGAGGACAAGGAGGGCUCAGAUACACCGGAAGGAUGCCAAGUUGCCAAGGACUCCGACCCUUCCUUACGCCCGCAUGAGUUUCCUGAAGGUGGUCUGGCUGCUUGGGCCACGACUUUUGGAGCGUUUCUUGUACAGUUAUGCGGAUUUGGUUACACCACUUCAUUUGGUGUCUACCAAGACUUCUAUACCCAACAUUACCUCACAAACGAGACAUCGUCUGCUAUAUCAUGGAUUGGGAGCUUGAACACAUUUUUGGUCACCGCUGUGGGCCUGAUAUCAGGUUCACUAUAUGACCGGGGAUAUUUCUACCAUCUUGUGAUUGCUGGAUCGCUGCUGCAGAGUUUCUCUCUCUUCAUGUUGUCUUUGUCGAAACCUGAUCAGUACUAUCAGAUAUUCCUUGCUCAAGGCAUAGGCCUGGGUAUCGCAUCGGGACUCGUGUAUGUCCCGAGCAUAGCUGUUGUUUCGCAUUAUUUCCGAAGGAGACGCACACUGGCUAUGACGUUCGUUGCUUCGGGCUCAUCGCUGGGUGCUGUCAUCCAUCCGAUUAUGCUCAAUAACCUUCUGAAUGGUCGUCUUGGUUUUGGAAAUGGUGUUCGUGCAAGCGCAGGGUUGGUCAGCGUGCUCCUUUUGAUAGCAUGUCUAUGCAUGCGAACUCGCCUUGAUCCGCCGAUAACACCAGCGAACUAUAUUACGGCAGCUAGAAAAUGUAUUCGUGAUGCACCAUUUCUUUUCGCGAUAGCAGGGGGCUUAUUUUUCCAGACUGGCUUCUAUUACCCGUUGUUCUUCUUUCAACUCGACUCUAUCAAGCACGGUCUCAGCAUCACCUUCUCGUUUUACUCUCUAGUGAUUUUAAAUGUGUCCAAUUGUGUGGCACGAGUUACAUCAGGGUUCAUCGCGACGUUCACGGGAGUCCCAAACUUGAUCAUAGUUGCAACGAUUUCGGGCGGUGUGCUCACUUUGGGCAUGAUUGGAUUGAGUAGCCUGGCCAGCGUCGUUGUACUUGGUGUGAUGUAUGGCUAUUUUGCAGGGCUGUACAUUGCGAUGAUAGCUCCGCUUGUGGCUACUUUAACGCCUGACCUCUCUGAGCUUGGCGCGCGGAUGGGCAUUUGUUUCUUCAUCAGUGGAUUUGGAAGCUUGAUUGGAACACCCAUAUCUGGUGCUCUACUGACAUCAAAUUAUAUCUGGUGGAUACCUGCUCUGUUUUCUGGGGUGAGUUGA